AGGGAGUGGUGGAGAGGAGUAAAGAUCGCCCGGAGAAGUCGAAUCACUGAUCAGUGAGGAAGGAAGAAAGGGUGUGUGUUGUUAUUUACAUAUGCAGCAGAGAGGAAGGACUCUCGAUCACCGAUCUCGGAGCUUCUCUAGGUGUCGCCUAGCCGUCGAGGGAUCUUAGACAUCUCCUGCAUCCGCCAAAUCGAGAUCGGAAUCAAGAAACAAUGGAUUCUACUACCACUUCCGUCGAUGUCAAUGGGGAAAUGGAACGCGAGGUGCAGAAGAGCUACUGGAUGGAACAUUCCAAGGAUCUUUCGGUGGAGGCGAUGAUGCUCGACUCCCACGCUUCUGAGCUCGACCAAGAAGAGAGGCCGGAGAUCCUGUCAUUACUUCCAUCUUAUAAAGGAAAAUCAGUCUUGGAGCUUGGAGCUGGUAUUGGUCGCUUUACUGGUGAACUUGCAAAAGAAGCUGGUCAUGUUCUGGCCUUGGACUUCAUUGAAAGUGUAAUUAAGAAGAAUGAGACUUUGAAUGGGCACUACAAGAAUGCUAGCUUUCUGUGUGCUGAUGUAACGUCACCAAAGCUGCCUGUUAAAGUAGAUUCCAUAGAUCUGAUAUUCUCAAAUUGGCUAUUGAUGUAUCUUUCUGAUAAAGAGGUGGAAGAACUGCUAGAAAGGAUGGUAAAAUGGGUGAAGGUUGGUGGAUAUGUCUUUUUUAGAGAAUCUUGCUUCCAUCAAUCUGGUGACCCAAAACGGAAAUUCAAUCCAACUCAUUACCGGGAGCCACGAUUCUAUACAAAGACGUUUAAGGAGUGUCAUACUUAUGAUGACCAAGGAAACUCCUUUGAACUCUCUCUUAUUACAUGUAAGUGCAUUUCAGCAUAUGUGAAGAACAAAAAAAAUCAAAACCAGGUCUGUUGGAUGUGGCAGAAAGUUAAGUCAGUUGAUGACAGAGGCUUCCAACGUUUCUUAGACAAUGUUCAAUACAAAAGCAGUGGGAUUUUACGCUAUGAGCGUGUCUUUGGGGAUGGUUUUGUGAGCACCGGAGGAAUAGAGACUACGAAGGAGUUUGUCGCAAAGCUUGAACUUAAGCCCAGACAGAAGGUCCUCGAUGUCGGGUGUGGCAUUGGGGGAGGUGACUUCUAUAUGGCUGAAAACUUUGAAGUCGAUGUGGUUGGCAUAGAUCUUUCAAUAAAUAUGAUAUCCUUGGCUCUUGAACGUGCAAUUGGACGUAAAUGCUCAGUAGAGUUCGAGGUGACUGACUGCACAAAGAAAUCAUACCCGGACAAUACAUUUGAUGUCAUAUACAGCCGUGACACUAUCCUUCAUAUACAAGACAAAUCAUCAUUGUUCAAGAACUUUUUCAAGUGGUUGAAACCUGGUGGUAAGGUCUUUAUCAGUGAUUACUGCAAGAAAUCUGGGACUCCAUCUGAGGACUUCGUGGCAUAUAUUAAGCAAAGAGGAUAUGAUCUCCAUGAUAUAGAAGCUUAUGGCAAGAUGCUAGAGGAUGCUGGGUUUCAUGAAGUUAUUGCAGAAGACAGGACAAAGCAGUUUGUGGAGGUCCUACAAAGGGAAUUGGAUGCAGUUGAGAAGGAAAAGGAAGCAUUCAUACAAGAUUUCUCACAGGAAGACUACGAUGAGAUUGUGAAUGGUUGGAAGGCAAAGCUGAAGAGGAGCUCGGUUGGUGAGCAGAGGUGGGGCCUUUUCAUCGCGAAAAAGAAAUAAACACUGGAACGUAGGUAUUAGUGCAAUUAGCACUAAUAAUCUUAACUCUUUAAGUCUCAACCCCCUCUAGCGUAUUUAUAGUCCUGCUUGUUUUAUUUAUGUGAUUGCUAUCUUAGGAAUGCGUUUCUUAGAAUGUUUGGCUGGUUAUUGAAUUCAAGUUCGUUAUUAUUGUUAAA